AUGCCCAAUAUCCCAAAGUAUGAUGGAACGACGGACCCACAGGAACAUGUGACUUCGUAUACUUGUGCCAUAAAAGGCAACGACGUUGAAGAAGAUGAAAUCGAAUUAGUGCUACUAAAAAAGUUCGGUGAAACGUUGUCUAAAGGGGCACUGACCUGGUAUAACCACCAGCUCGAGCAUUCCAUCACUUCUUUUGAUAUGCUCGCAGAUGCGUUUAUCAAAGCCCAUGUCGGAGCCAAGAAGGUACAGGCAAGGAAAGCAGACAUCUUCAGAAUCACCCAAAGAGAUAACGAAUUGCUCCGAGAAUUCGUGAAUAGGUUCCAAAAGGAACGAAUGGAACUCCCUCCGGUCCCGGAAGAAUGGGCCACCCAAUCCUUUACCAAGGGUCUCAACCCCCAAAGCUCUACUGCCUCGUUUAAAUUAAAGAAAAACUUGUUGGAGUACGAAGCAGUGACUUGGCCCGAUGUUCAUAACAGGUGCGAAUCCAAUAUUCGGGUAGAGGAUGAUCAACUUGAACUUCCCCCAGAUCCGAUAGGCGGAAGUAAGAAUUCUGAAAGGUCGAGAAGGACUUUCGAAUCAGAGACGAGCCCAUCGAAGGAUAGAUACCGAUCUUAUGCUAAACCAGAGAAAUCCAGCUUUAGGUCGGAAAGAGGAAAAAACGAUCCCAGUCAUCAUUCGAACAGGAGUGACGGGCGAACUGAUCGCGGUCCGAGCAGUCGAGAUCUGCUAUUGAGAGACGACGCCAGCGGGUCGGUUAACAAUGGGAACAACUCGAGAUUAUCCGAGUACAGCUUCAGUAUUAACGUCACAGAUCUUGUCUUGGAUAUUAAGGAUGCAAGGUGGCCGAGGCCACUAAGAUCCGAUCCAGCUCAACGAGAUCUAAGCAUGAUGUGUGAAUAUCACGGUACUCAUGGUCAUAGGACCGAGGAUUGUCGCCAAUUGAGAGAGGAGGUGGCUCGGUUAUUAAAAAAUGGUCACCUUCGCGAAUUCUUAAGUGACUGA